AUGAUAAAACGACCCGUGGCCCUUAUUCUUAUUUUAGCCUUUUUGACUAGUGCAAAUGUCACCAUAUGCGAAACGAAUAAAGUAGACAAUGUUACCCAGGGGGGUAACGGAGGAAUAAGUGGAGGUGACAGUAACUCCUCCCCUCCUUCGAAAAACAAUCCUCCAAAUGAUGGAUCAAAAAAUAAUGAGACAGCCUUUCCAACUAAAACUAUAUCGUUUAAUAUGCCCUCCAAUUUGGAAGGCGCGGGGUCUAAGAAUGAUAGUGCGAAGAGUACAGAUGAAGCGGGAGCUAGAACAGAUGGCUCUCUCCCAUCGAGCACCAACGCUACCGAAAAAAGUAACACCUCCAGUGGCAAAGAAGCCGAGCACACAGAUAUUUCUUCAGGCGAACGUGAAAAGACGGAACCAUCCACCAAUGAAGUAGCAGGGGAAGGUCACCAAACAGCAGUAGCCAUGUUCGAAGGAAAUAAAACCAAAUCGAAUGGCUCCCUUGACGGCUCAAUGCAAGUAGAAUCAGCCUUAUUAAAAAACUACAAGGGGAUAAAAGUAACAGGUCCAUGCGGUUCCUACUUUCGAGUGUAUCUAGUACCGCACAUACUAAUCUAUGCUUUAACAAAGAACUCUAUUAUUCAAAUAGAGUCUCUCUUCGAUGAUAACACCAGGAUAGACUUUGAAUACGCCGAUAAUAUGGUGAAUAAGUGCGAGGAGGGAAAGAACUUCAAGCUGAUUCUCUACUUGAAGGAUAAUAUCUUGACGCUCAAGUGGAAUGUGCUUCCAUCCUUAUCGGCUGAUGACUCGGAUUCUACGACCAAGGCGGACGUGCGAAAGUACAAACUCCCUUCACUGGAGAGGCCAUUCACCUCCAUACAGGUGUACACGGCAGACGCGAAGGAAGGGAUAAUCGAGACUAAAAACUAUGCCCUUGGUGCAGACAUACCGGACAAGUGCAAUGCCAUCGCAACGGAUUGCUUUCUAAACGGAAAUAUAAACAUCGACAAGUGCUACCAGUGCACAUUGCUCGUUCAGAAUAGUGAGCAGAACUCGGAAGAGUGCUUCAACUAUGUUUCGAAGGACUUGCAAAAUCAGCACAACAAUGCAAAAGUGAAGGGACAAGACGAUCUAAAUCCGAAGGAGUACGAGCUCACUGAAUCCAUCGAUAUCAUCCUAAAGAACAUCUACAAAGUGGAUAAGGUCAAAAAGAAAAAGGUUCUGAUUGGUAUGGAUGACCUAGACGAUGUGUUAAAAGUGGAACUCCUAAACUAUUGCAAACUUCUAAAAGAAAUGGACGUGAAGGGAACUUUAGAUAAUUUAGACCUAGGAGACGAGAUCGACAUAUUUAACAAUAUGAUUAGAUUGCUCAGUAUGCACCCGAAGGAAAAUAUUAUCACGUUGCAGGAUAAGUUACGCAACACCGCUAUAUGUUUGAAGAAUGUAGAUGAUUGGAUUGAGAACAAGCGAGGAUUACUUCUUCCCGAUGAGGACGAAAGUUCCUCCCUUGCGAAAAAUCCUACGCAAGUAGAUAAGGAGGAUGAAUCAGAUGAGGAGGAAGAUCAUGUAAAGGAAAGUGAACUGCUCAAUCAGGACAUGUACAGAAAGGAUAAAGACGGUACAAUCGAUUUGGUAAAAGCGGGGAAAGAGUUAAAGUUAAGGUCUCCUUAUUUUAAAAAUAGCAAAUACUGCAAUUACGAGUACUGUGACAGAUGGAAAGAUAAAACAAGUUGUAUUUCGAACAUCGAAGUGGAAGAGCAAGGAAACUGUGGACUGUGUUGGAUUUUUGCCUCCAAGUUACACUUAGAAACGAUCAGGUGUAUGAGAGGUUAUGGUCAUUUCCGUAGCUCCGCUUUAUACGUGGCAAACUGCUCGAGAAGGAACCGAAAAGAUAUCUGUGAAGUUGGUUCUAGUCCAACAGAAUUCCUUCAAAUAGUGCGUGACACGGGAUUUUUACCACUAGAAUCUGAUCAUCCUUAUCUCCACAAGAACGCCGGAAAUGAAUGUCCUAAGAUAAAGGAAAAUUGGAUCAACCUAUGGGGAAAUAGCAAGUUAUUGUCUCACAAAAUGUAUGGACACUUCAUGGUAUACAAAGGAUUAAUCUCCUAUCAAAGCCGACACUUCAAGGAUAAUAUGCAUAUAUUUAUAGACCUGGUAAAACGGGAGGUGCAAAAUAAAGGCUCCGUAAUUAUUUACAUAAAAACGAAAGAUGUAAUUGGAUAUGACUUUAACGGAAACGGGGUGCAGAGCCUAUGUGGUGAUAAAACACCUGAUCAUGGAGCUAACAUUGUUGGUUAUGGAAAUUACAUCAAUGUGAAUGGUGAGAAGAGGUCCUACUGGUUAAUUAGAAAUAGUUGGGGAUACUACUGGGGUAAUGAAGGAACGUUCAAGGUAGAUAUGCAUGGUCCACCGGGAUGUAAAUAUAAUUUCAUCCACACCGCUGUCGUUUUUAAGGUGAAUUUGGGUGCAGUUGAUAUCCCCAAUAAAGACGUGGAUCUGAACCAUACCUACUUCCCUAAACACAACGCAGACUUUUUUCACAGUCUCUAUUUUAACAACUACGAUGAUGAAGCAGAUAACCAGAAGAAGAUUUUUCCAAAGUAUCGAAACAUGGAUUAUAGUGGUAGUGGAUACAAGUGGAAAAAGGUCUCGAAGAAGUGGCAAAUUUCAGGCCAAGAUGAAGACAUCACUGAAGGUGCCUCUUCGGAAGAAACGUCUAGCAAUGAUUCCAGUGUAGCUCCCAAAACUGCCAAGCCAAGCCCAUCCGCAGAAAAGAAAAUACAAAUAUUGCAUGUUCUGAAGCAUAUUGAUAAGGCUAAAAUUAUGCGAGGAUUGGUGAAAUAUGAAAAUAUAAGCGAGACGCAAAAUGAUCACAGCUGCGCUAGGGCUCAUUCGAAGAACCCAGAAAAGAUAGAAGAAUGCAAACUGUUCUGUGAGGAAAACUGGAACAACUGCAAGAACCACUACUCUCCUGGCUAUUGUCUGUCCAAGUUGUACAGCGGAAGCAAUUGCUACUUCUGCUAUGUGUGA